CAAAGUAUGUGCUCCAUAAGUUAAUCGGCACUUUGAUGUGAGGAGAAAUUCUUGUAGUUAAUAGAAAUGUAGAACUAAUGAGCACACCCUUUACUUUAGGUACUAAACCACACUUCUUAUACAGUGGUGUCCAAGCCGGAACUACUGUACAAUGGACUGGAGAUUUAUGGUGCAUUCAGUUCGCCUCCAACUUUAGUACCUGUCCAUCCCCCCCAAAACCUGCUUCUCUACUUUGCUCUAACAAUGCCUUCCAAACCCUUUCUUCUGAGUGCUCUGCCAUUCUACUCUGCGUGCUGUGGUGGGUCCUGUCGGCGUCCUGCAUCCCCCACUGCCUUUCCAAGAGAAGAGAACGUGCUGCCUCUGCUGACACAGGACUCUAAUUCCAAAGCUCGGAGGGGCAUUUUAAGGAGAGCUGUGUUUUCGGAGGACCAGAGAAAGGCUCUGGAAAAGAUGUUUCAGAAGCAAAAAUACAUCAGCAAAACAGACCGGAAGAAACUUGCCAUCAACUUGGGACUGAAGGAAUCACAGGUGAAAAUUUGGUUUCAGAACAGAAGGAUGAAGUGGCGGAAUUCCAAAGAAAAGGAAGUGCUUUCCAACAGGUGUGUCCCAGAAGUAAGCCUUCAAGAGGAUCCCCUCUCACGAUCUGCUCUAAAUUUGACUUCUCCAUGCCCUUCAGUAUGGGAAGUCUCCCAACAGCACUCGAGCCCAAGAUGGGGGGAAAAUUCUCCAGAACCUGCAGAAAGACUAAUCCAGGAGAGUUCACAGGCAUUGCCACCAGAAGAAAAUUCACUGCACGGUGCCUUGUAUUUGUGCUCUAAGGAAGAAGUUGGAGACCAAGGUGUGCUUACUGCAGCUGUCUGAAUGGAAGCAGUCUUCCAAGUUAAUUUAAAAGAACACAUAGCCAGUAAUGUUUGAACUCUAAAGCCAGUUAUCCUCACCGAUACCUAAAACCUAACAGCUUUGGAAUGAUGCAUAAACUAAUGUUUUAGGAAAUCUAUUUCAGUAUUCUCUUAUUUAGCCCUACACUCAGGAUUAAUUUGUAAAUGGAAUAGAAUCUCCCAGAAAAUUCAGUAUAUUGGGACUGAAAAGAAUAUGAAGAAGCUUUGGCUCAGGCCCUGCUCUGAGUAUAUGUGUAUGUUUGUGUGUGUGUGUGUGUGUGUGUGUGUGUGUGUGUGUUUCUGUGUGUAUAUGUAUGUAAAUAUUCAUUAAAAUACAUUAGUAGAAACUAGUUUAUCUUUAAAUAGUGCAUUGGAAUAUUCAUUUUCUUUUUUAGGAAGAAAAACCAUUGACAAAAUGUUAUUUUUAAAAAAAUAAUGUAAAAUUUGGACCUUGAUUCAUAUUUUCGUACCACAAGAAUAUGUUUAAAGAUAUUUUCCAUUUUCUUGUUUCUUUUGGUAUCUAUCUUCAUUGAGUUUUAACAGCUCAGGAAUCCUAAACAGAUAGCCACAGUUAGAUACAUACACAGAAUAUGUAUAUUUAAAAUAGUCCCCAACUAGAAAAUUAGAAUUUCUGAAUGUAACUGAUAUUUUUAAUUUCUAAGUCUCAGGACUGAGUAAGGCCAUCAGUGAGUUAAACUAUUUUGAUCUUCUUUUUGUAGGAAUAGGUGUACAGUAGAGUUUGCAAAAUAAAAUAAAUGCCUUUAAGGGCCUAUCAGAUAAAUAGAGGUCAUGGCUCACCUAAAGAUAGAUAUUUGAGUUUAGUACAUUUUCAGAUAUGGUGUUAGCCAAACAAAAUCUGUGCCAAGUAGUUUGGGGACCUCUGGCCAAGAAUAAAGAAAGCUAUGAUGUCACAGUUCUUAAAAUGUUCCCAGUUGUACUUAAAAACAAUACUGAUGGGAUCUAUGAGUAUUUCCGUUUGUGCUUGUAGUUACAAGCUCAAUUUUCCACUCAGUUGACAUCUGUCU